CACACACACACACACACACACACACACACACACACACACACACACACACACAGAGGAUUGUAAGUAUGGGAGCAUAGGCCCAGGCCCAUCUGCCUCCUUCCAACAGAACACAGCCAGUCACUCUGUAUGUAUGGCAACUAUUCACCGAGCUGAGCUGGUUUUCCGUUUCUGCUUGUGUGCUGGACAAUGAGGCUUUGAUCCCUGGCAGGCAUUCAACCUAGAUUUUGAUCCAUGGAGAAUGCCUACAGUAUGGUUAGAAACAGAACUCACUAUAAUGUGAAAGCUGCUGUUAGUCAAAGCAAAGGCCUUAUGGUUAGUUAAUAAAAGCUUCUCUACAUCAUGAUGAUGAUAUAAAACGUUUGUUGUUGUUGUAUGCUACAAGCUAGCGGUUCUCUCCAGCUGACCCCCAUACUCCUGAUUGCGGUGUCAAUGGCUGGAUCCAAACACUCCAGUGACAUUGAUCAUGGAGCACAGCCCUCCACACUUCCUCCAGCAGAAGCGCUAAGAGAAGCUUCCAGGCAGUGCUGACUGACCGCUCUGCUCCCCCCAUGGCCAACAUCAGCAGUCCAGACCAGGGCCAGGGUCAGGGCCCCAUAGCCAACAGCAGUUCAGCUCAGCCUCUGGGCCAGGCCGGGGCUGUAGUGGCCUCCUCCACCCAGCCUGAUUUGGUGGUCUACUGCAAGCUGUGCCUUAGUGAGCACCCCUCAGCAGCAACCAGCACGCUGCACACCUGUGACUGUGUCUUCUGCACCCCGUGUCUGCAGCAGUAUGUUCAGCUGGCCAUCCGGGAGGGUGGGGGCAGCCCGGUCACAUGUCCAGACAUGGCUUGUCUGAGGACAGGAGUCCUACUCCACUCAGAGAUAGCCUGUUUUGCCCCUGCGGAUCAGGUUGAGCUGUACCAGCGGCUGGAGUUUGAACGAGGGGUGCAGCUGGACCCUAGUAGAGCAUGGUGCCCGGUGCUGGAGUGCCAGGCUGUCUGCAGCGUCGGGCCCAGCUCAGAGGGCCAGCCUACGUCCGUUCCCUGUCCAGCCUGCCACACCGUCUUCUGCUCUGGCUGUAGAGGGCCAUGGCAGGACGGGCACGCCUGCCCCGAGCACCAGCCUAUGACAUCAUCAUCUGCCUCAGAGAGCAGCCUUCAUGCUGGGGGCCGGUCAUGCAGUGACUCUGAUAUGCCCAUCAAGCAGUGCCCCAUGUGUGGUGUGUACAUCGAGAGGAACCAAGGCUGUGCCCAGAUGCUGUGUAAGAGCUGCAAACACACCUUCUGUUGGUACUGUCUGCAGAACCUGGAUGGUGAUAUAUUUCUGAGGCACUAUGAUAAGGGGCCAUGCAGGAACAAGCUGGGCCACUCCCGAGCCUCCGUCAUGUGGAACAGAACACAGGUGGUGGGCAUCCUGGUUGGCGUCAGUGUCAUCGUGCUGGUGGCCUCUCCUCUCCUCCUGCUGGCUUCACCCUGCAUCCUGUGCUGCCUGUGCAAGCCCUGCCGAGGCAAAAAGAAGAGGAGGAAGACGAAAGAGCUCACACAGACAGACAUACAGCCAGAACUCAGUCCCACCAAGUCACAAAGAAAGACUGCUCCUUCUUCUCACCACGGUCUGGGAAUGGAUCCAUUGUCAAUUCAGGAACUGAUUUUAAUUAAUUAAUGAAAACACUUAAUUGAAAAGAAUGGGGUAAUUUCCAAAUCAUCGAAUUUUAAAUAAUGUUAUUGAAUUGACAGAAUUGAAAACUGACUAGUACCCAGAUUCCCAACAUCUCACACACACAUACAGUACAGGACCACUGUCUACCACCUUCAUGUGCCAAAUGUCACAAUGCCAAACCAGUCUUGUUACAGUAGGUGCACAAGUGCCUCCAUCCUACAGUGCCUGGUAUUUGUUUUGCCUUCCAUUAUAUUAUGCAAAAAUGUGUGUUGUUAAUGAAAAGAACGACUGUAUGUAACAUAGGAAAAUAUCCUUAACCAAUGCAAAACAUUGUUUCAUAAUGUGCUGUGGAAGCAUUGUGCUGUGGAAACUGCAUUGUGCACUGUAUUAGAUACUGGGAGAAAAAUGUGUACAUCCAAAAUGGCACCCUAUUCCCUACAUAGUAUGCUACUUUUGACCAGUCCCUGGUCAAAGGUGUGCACUAUAAUGGGAAUAGGGUGCCAUUUUGGAAGUACCCAAUGAUAUAGGGCUUCAAAGGUGCACAUAGAAAUAUUUUCUGCUGCUGACAGAUAGUUUCCACCUGGAAUUCCAGACCAAAUUUCUGUUGGAUUCUAUAUACUACUACUACUACUAUAAUGUAUGUAAAUAUGUAUUUAUGGAAUUUUGUAUAUGGUGGCUCCUGUCUUUUCUACUUUUUUUUCGUUGAUGUUUCUGCAUCAGAUAUUUUGUAAAAGAUCCAUUGUAAUUGAAAUAAACAUUAGAUAUUGAACAUGC